AUGUUAAAAAAAGUACGGGAGAACAAAAGAAAGAAAGGAAACAGAAACCUAAGGAUGCGGUCCUUAAUUCCUCUGCUGGGUCUCUUUUCUGUCCUUUUCUUCUUCUCCCCAGCUAAUGCGAACAAAUUCGAUCAGAUCAAAGAGAUCUACUCCAACCCUUUGUCACAUGGAUUCGGUGAAGAUAUCGAUUGGGUGCCUUGGGAAGAUGCGAUCGAAAAGGCGUUAGAUACUAAUAAACCCAUCUUCUUGUUAAUUCACAAGACAUGGUGCCAUGCAUGUAAAGCUCUUAAAAAGACCUUCCAACAGUCACAUGCUCGUAAAGCAUUCAAGAAGCUAUCUGAGUACUUUGUGAUGGUGAACACAGAGGAUGACGAGGAACCUUUCGAAGAGGAAUACCGGCCGGAUGGAAAAUACAUCCCACGACUUCUGUUCCUCGACAAAAAUGGCGAUCUUUUGGAGCAAUUCAAGAACAAGAAGGCCGAAUACAAAAACUAUGCUUAUUACUAUUCAUCACCAGCUGAUAUUCUUAAUUCGAUGAAAGAUGUGCUACGAUUCUACGAGAUUGAGGUGCCAGAGCUGAGGAAAGCUGAGAAGCUGAAGGUCCCACCCCACAAAGCUAAGGAGCUAGAGGAGCAGAAGGCUAAGAAGGCUAAGGAAGAAGAGGAGAAGAAGAAGAAAGAAGAGAAGAAGGAGGAGGAAAAGAAGAAGAAAAAGGAGGGAGAAAAGAAAAAGAAGGACGAGGAAGAGAAGAAGAAAAAGAAGGAGGAAGAGAAGAAGAAGGAGGACAAGAAGACUACUAAGAAGGACGAUAAGAAUAAAGACAAGAAGGAAAAGAAGCAGGAGUUGUAG